AUGCCUUCGGAACAAGGUCACAGACUCUACGUCAAGGGUCGCCACCUGAGCUACCAGCGCUCCAAGCGUGCUGUCAACCCCAACACCAGUCUGAUCAAGAUCGACGGUGUCGACAGCACUGACGCCGCAAACUUCUACCUGGGCAAGAAGGUUGCUUUCGUCUACCGGGCCAAGCGUGAGGUCCGGGGCUCCAACAUCCGGGUCAUCUGGGGCAAGGUUACCCGUCCCCACGGUAACUCCGGUGUCGUCCGCGCUCAGUUCCGCCACAACCUCCCCCCCAAGUCCUUCGGUGCUACCGUCCGUGUUAUGCUGUACCCCUCCAACAUCUAA